AUGCGCGGCCACACCAAGGGAGCUUCUUAUACGACCUUCCCUACGAAUGUGGAGAAACUGGGCCUCGACGAAGCAAUCAAAAUCGCGAAACUCGAACUCAACACCGUUAGGCAGGUCCACGCCUUUGCGCGUAAGCAUAACAUCGCCUGCGAGAGCGAACAUAUUGACACAACAGACGUGAUAUACAAUCAAGAAUCACUGGAGCAAGCCGCUGCGACAGUCAAAUUCAUGCAAAAUGUCAUGCCAAACCACCCCGCUAGCAAAUACACGUUCUGGAGCAAAAAGGAAACAGAAGAGAAAUUCUUAGUCCCUGGCGCUGCUGGAGCCGUAACGUACGAAGCAGGCAGUCUCAGUUCAUAUAAGUUUGUCAUAGGGCUUCUUAAGUUAUGUCUAAACCAAGGCCUGAACCUACAGACAAAUACGCCCGUUACCAGUCUGCAUAAGCAGGAAAACAGCGUGAGCAGUGGUUUCAACUAUGGAAACAGCAAGGGCUGGACCGUCGUGACUCCGCGCGGCAACAUUCAAGCUGCGCAAGUCAUCAUGGCGACUAACGGCUACUCAGCAGCCAUCUACCCGAAGCUUCAGGGUGUCAUAGUCCCCGUUCGCGGACAGGUGACAGCACAUAGGCCCGGAUCAGCAAUACCAGCAUCCGGUCUCUCCACCACUUAUUCCUUCAACUAUGGCAGCGGCUUCGACUACAUGAUCCAAUGUCCUGACACAUCAAAGUAUCCGCGCGAUAUCGUCAUCGGUGGAGGGUUCGGCGAGAGUAAGAAUGGCGGCCUGGCCAAUUAUGGAACUACGGACGACUCAGUCUUGGAUCCGGCCAUUAGUGAGUAUCUUGCUGCGUCGACAGUGGAGUUCUUCGGCAAGAAUUGGGGACACGACGACCCUGCCGGCCGCGUCCGACAUGAAUGGACUGGGAUUAUGGGAUAUAGUGCUGAUGGGUACCCGCUGGUGGGGGAGAUGCCAGGGGAGCCUGGUUUGUUCAUCUCGGCAUCAUUUCAAGGCCAUGGUAAAUCAACAUCCACACCCUGA